AUGUUCAAUCCAUACAAGACCAAAAAUUUAGAUCCUAGUGUAGGAUUUACUCCCCGUCGAACUAGUGGAUUUCUUAGUACACCACAGAAGAAACUGGUUCUCUAUAUUGUUGCACUGCUAAUAAUUGGUGGUAUUAUUCUAACAAGUAUUAAUAUGAAUUCUGAUUCAGAUGAUACCAUUUUGGUGCGAAAGAACCCUAAAAGACCACUCACUGAAGACCCAUUACUGGAUAGUAACGAUGAUGACCUUUUCGCUUAUCCUGGCGAAAAUGAUGACAAGGACGCUGAUUUAGAUUAA